UCUGACGAAAGUCUCGAAAAAGACUCGCAGAUUAGCUUGGCGAAUAAAUUCGCGGAUCAGCGCGUUUUUUUCUCCUCGUCCAAGACUGACCAGAAUCAUAGAAAAGCCGAUGUCGAAGAUCUCGUGACUUCUUGCGAGGAGGAUCGCAAGGUCGAGGAGGUAGAGGAUUACAAGUCAAUUUGGAUCUCGGAUAACGAGGAACAUCACGAGAUGUCACGAAGACCGCAGGUACUCAAAGUCGUCGAUAAUGACGUCACCAAGAGACGCCAUCGGCGUUCCGUCGUGGAGAUUGAUGCCAUCGUCGAGGACAUGCCAAAGGAUAAAAUAUCGCAGAGCAUUACGAAGGAGACGAACGAGCGUCUCGAUGUCUCUGUGAUUAAAUCGAGUAACAAGGAGAAUGAAGUUCAUGGAAAAAACGCGAAGGACGCUAUGCUACCGGAGUUACCGGAAAAUGCGACGACGGUGGAAGAUGCGAGAAAUUUCUUCGAGCGGAAAACUACGGAAAAGGAAACGACGCGAAAUAAGCAGAAUGAAGGCAGAUUCGAGAGGAUCGUGAAGGAAACGUCUAAUAUUCUCGGCAAGGCGUGCAGCGUUGUAAAGGGUAGUUUGGGCUUCGAGGCGAGAUCAGAGAGUUCCGAUCUCGGUCUCGGUUCCGAAUCCGGUAGUGACUCCCGUAGACGAUCGAUGGAUGACGGUGCUGAGGACGAUCGGCUGUCCAGAAAUGUCGAUAAUUCAUUAUCAACCGCGCCGAAAAUUGGUGAUGGUAAAAAGUCUCAUACUAAUCUCACCAGGUCCAGGAGCUGCGUAGACUCGAUAGAAUGCCAGGACGAUGGUCCAGAAUUCGAUCACGUGCGCUAUAAGAUCGUUAAGUCGCAUAUGUUCAGCAAGAACAUGUUCAAUACCGCUCGGGGUGAUGUCACAUACGAAGGACUGAUGCAGUACCUGCGCGAAUAUUCGUUCCAGGAAUUAUUGAUGGACAACAACGUCGUCAUCAUUGAGCCGGUUCGUGCCGAGCCAGUGGAACGAAAGUCGUCACCAUUGACCAGAACGGAACCCACGUGCAAGAUCGCUGGCGCGAUUCAGAAAAAGAUGGAGAACUGCGAGAGAAACGGUGAGCAGUUCGAAAACGGUGGCACCGGUAAAAGCUCCAGGCAAUCAUCCAUCAGAAAGCACUUCUUCUACCAUCCUAUACGGGUGAACCGCGAAUUAAUUGACGAAGAGCUACCGGAUCCGGAUACAGUAAAAAAUGUGAGACGUAUGUUCGAAAACACUCUCGAGAAAAAGAAGAACGCAUCCGACGCCGAGUUCUCCGAGGACUGCAAGAAUAGAAGGAGCGUUAGCAUGAAGGAUUUGACUAGCAUCGAUGACAGUCGAUAUGACGAAAUGUCUGACAAGGCACGCGAAGAGUCCAGAUGUUCCAGUAGGGCGAAAGAUCUUACGAGGCUUUUCGAAACCAAGUCCGCGUCAUCGACUACCUCUGUCAUUAAUAAGGAAGAACCCGGAAGUCCACGAAGCGAGUCAAAAACGCGAAUUCUCGCGCAAAGUUUCGAAGCUCGAAGCAGGAACUCGUCGCCAAGUGGUUCAAACUGUUCUAAGAAUAAAGUCGGCCGUUAUCAUCAUCAUCAUCAUCAUCAAAACUGGGAUACCGGGAGUGUGAGUUCAGGCGUAUCCAGCGAUUACCCCGACACCGACCCCGGGAGUGGCGCUCACUGUAUAUCAUCUGACGAUGACGAUGUGAAUUGUAACGAUGAUGACGCGGACGAGAGUGGUCCGGGGCAUUACGUGUCGCAAGACGUACUGAAAAAAAUCCGCGAAUGUGGCACUUCGGUAACUUACUAUGGCGGGAAAGUUGUGAACAUGCACAAUGGACCGUUCAUAUCGCCAUUGAUCGGCAAUGGAUUCAAGCGGAUCGAUAAAUCAAAUGAUUACGUCAAGUUUAAGUUGGUGAAGAGCAACUCCUGCGAUAGUAGACUAGAGCUGACCGGCAGACUCGUUGAGGAGUUGCACCGCAAUUGCGAUAGAGGUGCUAAUCUCAGACAAUGCACCAUCGCGGAGACACCUAGCAUCGAAAUCACGACAAUCGAUAGCAGGCAAGAAAAUGAAGAGCAGAGAGAUGAGGAUAUCGAGCAAAUCGAACAAAUGAAGCGAGAACCACCGGUGGUGAUCGGUCUGGAGCCGAAAAAAGAAGAUUCCAAGGAGACGAGGAGGAUUUUCAAAGCUGACUUUAAGCUAGGCGAUCUAGACGACUUGAGAUCCAAUUAUCCGAGUAAAUUUAUGCCGAGCGCGUUAACGAGGUGGGAAGCGAACACGAGCUGGAGAGUCGGAAAUGACUUCGGUAAAAUGGAGUUCGAGGAAUUUGAGGUGCUCGAGGAUAGUCUUAAUGGGAUCGAUGGCCAAGAUCAAUAUGUGCAAGAAUCCUGAAUGAGAAGUUUCUGGUAUGAUAUAUUUAUUUUUUUGAUGCGCGAUUACGAGGAUAAACGAGGAUUGCCAAAGGAGAUAACGCGAUUAUUAUUCUUAAUGAAAUUAAGUAAAAUUUCAUGGUAUUAAUGAAAAUAAUCGUCUCUUUCGUAAAAAUGAUAUAUAGUUUAUGAAAAAAUUAUUUCCGAUAUAAGAAUAAACAUUGUUGAAAAACAUAUGUUAAAAUUAAAACAAAUGUUUCUGGCAGCAAAUAAUAAAAAUGCCGCAAAAGAACGUUAAAAGUCAAUAUAAUUUAUUAUUCAAGUUGAUCAAUUGAUCUAUUAUUGCAGGUGGAUAAGUCCACACGAGUCAUAUUUUAUAGCAGUAUACAUAGCGAAAGUUAAAGAUGAAAUUAUAGCGUAUAUAUAGUUUCAAUGUAAUAUCGUAUGUAGUAUACAAAGCAUAGACGAACGAUCAACGUUUGAGCGUAAUACUAUGUAAUAAAUAAUGUAUGUAAUAUGUGUGUAAUUUUAUUUAUUAUGUAUUAUUUACCGUCUAUGUUUGUAAAUUCCAAAAGAUUAUAUAAGUAUUAAAUAUUCUAUUUUUUUCAAAUAUCGAUGAAAAAUUAAAUUUUUCGAUAUUUUAUAUUGUUGUACAGUGAAGGUUGCAAGGUUGUGUAAAAAUAAUAUUGUAAUUACACCAAAUGUUUUAUCUCCAAUCUAUAUUCAAACUAUCACGCAUAGCUUGAAAUAGAAUGAAUGACAUAGUCACGAAAACUGGCUCGAAUACAUGGCACAUAUUUUAAAACGCAAGUUCCGCAUUAAAUGACAUUUUGAAAGUGCACGAGACGCGUCAUUAUUUUUGGCUAUAUAUAUUUUUGGAAUAGCGGUGUUGAUUUAUCAAUUCGUUUGAAGAUGCAACCAUCGUAAAUUUUAAGGGAAAUUUUGGCAAGCAAAACCCAUCAUGCAACCAAAUAUUUUAAGGUGGAUUUAUAGCGAUUUGCAUCGAAUAAUAUUGCAAAUAAAAAUCUAAUAACCUACAAAUAUAUACAUAUAGCCAGAACAAUAUUUUAUUAUUCAUAUUAACAAAAUAAUAAUAAUGAUAAAAAUAAAAAAUUUCUAAAAAGGGAAAA